AUGACUGCAAAGAGACGAAGACUACCCAGUUUAUUCUUCCGGUUACCACAUGAAGUAUUGGAGAGGUUAUUCACGUUUUUCCCAAAUGUUGAAGAUUUGAUAAAUUUGAGUAUUUGUUCAAAAGAGUAUAAUGAAUUCUUGAAACCAUAUGUUUAUAAUUGUGUUUGUUUAUCAUGGGGAGAUUUGACCAAGUUAGAAAAAGAUGAAUUGGUUGGGAUUGAUACGUUGAAGCCGUUUGUUGAAUGUUUGAAGAUAGAGGAAUUUGAUAUAAGGAAAGAAUGGAGUUUUAAUUAUGUUGUAUUGAAUAAACAAUUUGAAAAUUUGAAAAGUCUAAAGAUGAGGAUCAGUAAUAGUUCAAAUUUUUUGAAAUAUUUACAAGAUGAUGGUUUGAAAUUGGAUGAAUUGGAAUUAAUAAAUAUGAAUAAAGAAUCAAAUUUAUUUAAUAUUGAUCAUUUAAGGAAGAUCAAAGUUAAAUCUUUAAAAUUGAAUGGGUUUUUAAUAGAUUUUGAAGAAUUUGAUGAUAUGAUUACUCAUUUAGAAUUGAUUAAUUGUUAUUGGAACUACCCUUUUGAAUUGGAUCAAUUUACUAAAUUGAUUGAAUUAACUUUAAAUUAUUCAAAUGAAUUUAUAAUAAGUGAAAGAUUUAGAGGGUUUUUAAUGAAUCCAAUGUUGUCCAACUUAGAAAUUUUGAAAAUUAUCAAUAAUAAUUCCAAUUUAAAAUUAUACAUUCCAGCAAAAUUAAUUCAAAUCAUUAGUGCAAAAAUCCCAACAUUGCAAAAAGUUCAAUUAAGUGGGAACGUUAUAACUUCACCAUCACCAAAACCAUCAAAUACACAUAAUGUCAGAGUUGUUGUUGAUCAUCAAUAUAUUCAUUCCGUUCUUGAGACCUAA